UCUCUCUCUCUCUCCCCCCUCUCUCAAACCAAAGAGCUCAAAAAUGAAAUCUCCAUCCUCAUCCUCUUCCAAUCGGAAAAACAUUUCGUUAACCCCUUCAUUCUCUUUCUACGUAAUUGCGAUAUCCUUCAUUCUCUUCGUCACAAUUCUCUAUGGGGAGGAUUUUAGUUGCAUAGUUCGCCACUCGUUUGUUAACUCUCAACAGUCAGAAGAGCUACUAUCGCCACAUGGUGAUAAUAUACAAAAAGAGGUUAAGUUUCCAUUUGCCAUUGGGAGAAAUGAGGAAGGAUGCAAUAUUUUUGAGGGAAGAUGGGUUUAUGAUGAAGAGUCUCGGCCUUUUUAUAAAGAGGAGGAGUGUCCUUAUAUACAACCUCAGCUCACUUGCCAGACUUUUGGGAGACCUGAUAGAGGCUAUAUGCAUUGGAGAUGGCAACCUCAUGGAUGUUCUUUGCCUAGCUUCAACGCAACCUUCAUGCUUGAAAAUCUUCGAGGAAAAAGAAUGGUGUUCACUGGCGAUUCUCUAAAUCGUGGCCAAUUCAUAUCCUUAGUGUGCCUCCUACAAGGAGUGAUCCCUAAGGAUCGAAAAUCAAUAAAAACUAUUGAAUCCCUCACCGUCUUCAGUGCAAUGGACUACAAUGCCACCAUUGAAUUCUAUUGGGCUCCCUUUCUAGUCGAAUCAAACUCAGACAACGCAAUUGUGCAUCGAGUAACAGAUAGAAUUGUUAGAGGUAGAUCCAUACAUAAGCAUGCACGACAUUGGAAGGGAGCUGAUAUUAUGGUCUUCAAUACUUACCUCUGGUGGAUGACUGGUGUGCCGAUGAAAGUCCUGACAGGGCCUUUCUCAGGUGACAUGAAGAAUUUUGAGAUGAUGGAGACCGAGGAUGCAUACAGAGUGGCGUUGACUAGAAUGGUGAGAUGGGUGGAGAAGAACAUGGAUCCUAAUACGACCAGAGUUUUCUUUACUAGCAUGUCACCUACUCAUGAGAAGAGCAAAGAAUGGGGAGGUGAUCCUACUGGCAACUGCCUGAACGAAACAACUCCGAUAGAGGACCCGACAUACUGGGGGGGUGGCUCAAGGAAAAACAUAAUGCGAGUACUGAAGCGAACUCUCGAGAGAUCAAAGGUCCCCAUCACGGUCGUCAACAUAACGCAGCUAUCGGAGUACCGAAAGGAUGCGCACACUGCGAUAUACAAGAAACAGUGGAAUAAGCUGACACCUGAGCAGCUGGCAAACCCCAAGAGCUAUGCUGAUUGCGUUCAUUGGUGUUUGCCAGGGUUACAGGAUACUUGGAAUGAGUUACUGUAUGCUAAGCUAUUUUAUCCUUAGGACAACCGUACUUAUAUUUUGUUGGAUAAGAUAGCCAAAAAAGAAGAAGAAGAGGAAAUUAUACAAUCUCAUCA